CAUUUUUUUCAAUUGAUUGUGCGGCUACAACCAAGCGCGAAGACAAUUUUGCGUCGCGUCCCUCAGAGACUACAAUGACUAGCUGGACAUCAGUGACCUCUCGUUUCAAUAUGGUCCAUGGCAUCAUUGUGGCUGAGACGGGAGGCGCUCGCAAGGCUGUGGAGAUUAGCACCGCUCUCCAGCAAGAGCAAGGCUGAAACGAGAGAAGCCAUAGAACAGGUAACAAGAAAUUCUUUUGGUAUCCCAGCGAGAAUUUGGAUCGAAACCUUCUGGAGCGUAUGCCAGUGGCGGGGAUGUUCAGCAGCCAACGAGGCAGCCCGAGCCGAUUGGACACAGCCUGCUCAACGGUGGCGCGGCCGACGAUCCAGAGGCGCAGAGGAUUCAAGAGAGCCGCCAUCGCAGGCAGGAAGUUUUCUCCAGCUUGUGGGACAAGCGAGGAACCGCUACUCAAUGGAUGAAGCAGCCGUGUUCUUGAAAGCUGAUGGUUUCGACAUCCUGAUUUUUCUAAGGAGAGCAAUUAUUCGAGAAGACAAGAGAUGAAAAAAAUCAUCCAUCUUAGGGCUUGGAAUUUGGAGAGGGCCGCCCUCAACUUCCACAAAUUACGACGU